GAAUGUAGGAGAAACAUAUUCUGUAAGUAAUUUGGCAUCGAUCUUUGUCUUAAUUUCUGGUGUAUUUGUUGAACAGAAAAAACAGUCUGAAAAUUUAUUUUAAUGCAGAAAAAUGAUUGUACCUUUAUUCAGUUUUUCUGGGACCUUUAUUGGAAGUAAAUUCAAAGCUUGCUUUGUUGCAGCUAAAGAUUGGUGAAAUCUUUUGAAUAUCCGGAGACUUGGUGUUUGGCUACAAACCUGUAGCAGAAUUUACGAACCAUUGUAUUUAUUCGGAAUUAGUUAUACAGAAUGAUGCCAAAAGUUCUUUGGAUGGGAAUGAUUUUGAAGUCUGAGCAGGACUCUGAUUAUGUUCCGGUGCCUAUUGUUCUGAUAGAUCAAGAUUCUGAUCCUGAUGCAACUAUUGUGCAACUCAGCUUUGGAGAUCGCCUUGGUGCUCUCAUCGACACGAUGAAGGCACUUAAAGAUUUAGGCCUAGAUGUCUUGAAGGGAACAGUUACUACCGAGAACUCUGUCACACAAACAAAAUUUUUUAUUACAGGAUCGUCAAAUGGGCGCAAAGUCAAAGAUCCUGAUCUGCUGGAGGGAAUCCGUUUGACCAUUAUCAACAACCUUCUCAAGUAUCAUCCAGAGUCCAGCGAGCGACUUGCUAUGGGUGAAGCUUUUGGAAUAAAAGCACCGGAAAAAAAGCUCGAUGUUGAUAUUGCCACUCGUAUAAAAGUUAAGGACGAUGGGCCUAAGAGGAGCUUGCUCUGCAUAGAGACAGCAGAUCGACCGGGAAUGCUAAUGGAAAUUAUCAAAAUAAUGGCGGAUAUCAAUAUCAGUGUUGAGUCAGCAGAGAUUGAAACAGAGGGUUUGGUAGCCAAGGACAAGUUUCAUGUGAGUUAUAGAGGGGCGGCAUUAAACAGUUCCUUGUCUCAGGUUCUUAUAAAUUGCCUGCGUUACUACCUUCGUAGGCCGGGAACAGAUGAUGAUAGCUACUAGUAUUAUUACAUGUACACCAACUGUUCAUCUAUAUGAACUUUAUUAGCCUGUCUCGAAAUAAACCUUGUUCAAGGGCUCAAUAACAGUGUUAUUGGUGUUA